AACAAAAUUAUCAGUGCGAACGCAGUUACAUGAUAGCAUAACUGUUCGUUACAGUAUUCGAAAUACAGUCCAUGAGAAAGGUAGUUCAGAAACAUUUGUAUCUUUUAAAAAAGAACAAAAAUGAAAUUGGGUAUCACAAAGUUCGUCUUCACAAUCAUCAUCUUAGUUUCACAAUCGUCAACUUGCUGGUCCACACAAAUAGACAACGAUGUUCACAUUACCGAAAAAUUCCCAAAUCACGUGGAGGAAACGCUUCGAUAUCUGUGUGAAGAUGAUUUUACGAUUUCAUUAAAUUUUACCAAUGUAGAAAUCUCUAAAAUCAACCAGGAUUUCAUCAACAAUCCUUUAAUUACCUGCCUCAAACUUACGGGCAAUAUUAGGAACAUUGAGAGAGGCGCCUUCAACAAACUUCCAAAUUUAACUCGGCUGUUUCUUUUUAACAAUGGAUUCGAGAGGAGUUUAAGUAAAUUCUUCAACAUUGGAAGUUACAAUAACUUACAGGUUCUCGUUAUAAAAAGUGAAAACAUUCGAAGGAAUCAAGAAAAUAUUAACAGUUAUUAUCAAUAUCCUAAUAGGGAUCGUGAAAAUAUUAACAUUUAUGAUGAAUAUCCUAAUUUAGAAAUUCUAUCUAUUCGUAAAAAUAAUUUUCACGGACGUCUACAGUUUUCUCCAUGGAAUACAUCAUUGAAGCUACAAACAACACCUUCUUAUGAGAUAACUCCAACGGUGAAUAGAACCCCAUUUCCUAAGUUAAAGAUCUUGGAUCUUUCCGAAAACGAUAUACAAGUGACUGAUUUUUUAAAUUUGCUACCGAAUAGCUUACAUUUCCUUGACCUUCACAAUAAUUCGCUUAGUUACUUGAAAUUUGAAAAUAAAAUAACGAAAUUGUUUGCAUUAAAUUUGAAUAACAAUCGUUUCAAUUACAUUAGUGAUUCUCAUAAUUAUAAUAAACAGUACAGUUCAAGUCUAUCGGUGGCUGGUUUAAAAAAUUUACACUACCUUUCUAUUUCUACAUGUAAAAUUAGCGUUAUCGAACCAGAUGCUUUCGAAGACAACAACAAAUUGCUUUACUUGAACUUAUCCUCAAAUUAUAUAAAACAUAUACAUUCGGUAACAUUUGCAAAUUUGCAACAAUUGAAAACUCUCGAUCUGAGUCACAACCAACUCGAAGAAGUUCCGCAACUCUUAAAUGCAACAGAAAUCAACAAUUUGUAUAUUAAUUAUAAUAAUAUAACGAAGCUAUGCUCCUAUUCUUUCAUGCAAAUGACGAAAUUGACGAAAUUAUUGUUAGGAGAAAAUCGGAUUGAUCAAAUCGAUAUUAAUGCAUUCGCUCAUCUUUCUAGCCUCGAAGAAUUAAAUUUAUCAAGAAACAUGUUAAGUUUUCUGCCGGAAAAAUGGACGGAAUACCUUGUGGCUUUGAAAUAUUUAGACUUGAGUGGUAAUCAAUUUACUUCGCUAGAAUCUUUAUCAUUAACGAAUACGAUACCAUUGAUAAAAAUAUAUUUAGUGAUGAACCCAUUAGAAUUCAAUAUCGGAAAUUUAGAGAAAUUACCGCAGAAUCUCACUAUCAACUUUGUAAAUUAAUCAUGUUUUGCAAAAUGAAUACAAUAUAAGAAUACCGAAUAAAGAAAAAUAUGAAUUUUAGAUAACAUAUACUAUUAUAUUAAAAUUUUAUCACUAAACGUAAUAAUAUUUUCCUUGUUUAUUGGAAAUAAUGGAAUUUUAAAUAAUAAUGUAAGAUUUUUGUAUGUAACACUAUAUUAGUUUGUACUUCUAUAUUAUAUCUGUAUAAAAUUGUUUUGUUGUACCACAUUAUUAAUAAAUGAAUUAUUUGAAUUUA